AUGCCCCGUGUGGCUGUAGUAUUUGCUCGCCUUAUGGUAGAUGAGGAGGACCGCGGUGUGAAGCCAUUUCUAGUGUUGUUGAGCGACGCAAUGGCCAUUGGAUCAUUCUUUGACCUCUUUCAAUCACGUUUCCUACCUUCGACCGCACUGCUCGGCUCUAGCUCUAAGCCAGAGAAUGGCCGCAUCGAGUUCCUGCGUCAUAUCCGGCGCGUGCCUGUGGGAACAGUGUCCUUUUCUAUUCUGGGUAUCUCGGCUAUCAAAGUCGGGACACGCAUCGCAGCUGUCUACAGCGAGAGGAGGACUAUAGCAUCGGUCGACGGCGGUAAGGGGCGGAAACGGAUCAUGGACUUCAGCACUCAGCAAGUUCCAAUUGUUGAGGGAUGGGUGCAUGAAAAACAUGCACUGGCUACCAUUUUCAAGGCGACGGUGGUCAAGGCCUCUCAAGUCUUAAGGCCACUCGCCGAGAGGUGUGGAUGGCAAGGCUUCUUUGCGUUCAACCAGAUAAGCGAGCUGGACCUUACAUUCCAAGGGAACACCGUCUCCGAAGGCGAUACGUUGGUUCUAUGCAUCCGCCUUGCCAGAAGUAUUGGCGGGGAGUUUGGUCCUUCCACAGGCAAUGAAUAG